AAAAACGGCAAUGGUUUAUUGUAUUGGUCAACAGUGAAAGUGAAGUGAAUUGCAUAAUAUUCUGUGAAAUUGAGUGGAAUUAGUGUAAACAACAGUUUGAAAAAAGGAAAAUACAAAUUUUUUGUUUAGUUAAAACGCCCAGGGGAGAAGUAAAUAAAUAUUCCUACGCCAAUAUACGGCAGAAGCAAAACUUACAACGGGUGGAUGCAUCGUUUAAGUGGAGCUUGGCAGUCUUAAAUCUUUGGCAAUCAAAGUAGCAAAAAUCAUAGUGUAGCAAUGGACAUCUUGGACAUCGAUGAAGCGCUAAAAGAUGAUUCUUUUAUCUGCUUGGAAGACAAAACACACGAUGAUGUUUCGAAUAUAUUGCAGCAAUGGAAAAGCAACAAUUGUCUGCUACCAACGCAAUAUCAGCAAGAACAAGCCUAUAAACUAAAUUCAAGAACGUUUACACGCCCUCGCAGGAAGUCGGCGCAAAAUCUAGAAUCACAUUUUGCUCAUACUUCGGGAAAUAAUGGUGUGCCUCCAUCACAAUCCGAGCAGUUGACACACAAAUUUGCAAUUGCAACGCCUCAGCCGUUGUUCAACUUAGAAAUAGGCGGGCUUGUUACCACAAUGCAUAAGUCAUUUCUGCAAGAUACCUCACCACCGUCAUCUAUAUGCUCCUCCAUGGAAAUUUCAAUGGAGCGUAUGAAUAAUUCACUAAUCACAUCAGCCGACUUUACUAACAUAAACUUCUUACAAUCGACACAAAGCCUUGAUUUCAACGAACCUAAUGGCGGUGAAAUAUUUAACUUAGCAAACAAAGCUACCAGUGAUGGUUAUACGUUAAGUGAUAUGAUUCGUGAUAGGAAAGCUCUCGAAUCACUAACAAUGUCGGGCGAUGGUACGCUUACUAAAGAUUCGCAUAUCGGCCAGAUCGAUGAUAUAUCACUUGCGUUAAGCAAAACCGCAUCCGGUUAUAGUACCAUGGACAAUUCUACGGAGAGCAUGCAGGAUGAACAUCAGCAACGUAAUGGUCUGGCUCCAACACCGGCGAAUGCAACAGCCGUGGGAGUUAGCAGCGGUGGUUUGCUUGAAAACAAAUGUAACAUUAUGCAUCGUACAAUGUUGCUUAGCGAUGAGGUAAUCAGCGAUACCACCUUCGAUUUAGUUGAGAGCAGUUUAUGUGAAAUUGCCGAUAAUGGCAAUGACAUUGUCACUUUGCCCCCUUCGGUCCAAAAACUCAGUAAUGAGACAUUUAAAAGGCCUUGGCCUAUGGAUGAAACUAUGUGUCUUCCUACAAAAGCAAACGCAACGUUCGAUUUGAAACAAUUGACACCAGAUGCGCGUCUAACGUCUGAGUCGCGUUGUGAGACCCCGGAAAAUUUGACGGAAACCGGUGGCGCACGUAAAUUCUACGAAUCAACACCGCAUGCAGCAGAUCUGGGCAAGGGGAGAGAUAGUAAUACACCGACCACAACGAAAUUGACAGUAGAUGAGGUAAAUCUCUCACCGAUAAUGGGUUCAACAGAACAUUUGAAUGCAAUACGAGAACAGAAUAACACACCUACCACAUCGAAAUUGACGGUAGGUGAGGUAAAUCUCUCAUCAUUAGUGAGCUCAACAGAACAAUUGAAUGCAACACGUGUGCUCAGCGACACCUUCGAUCAAAAAUCGGAUGUCAAAAAAGUGAAUUCGAAAACAUUUUCAGGCACCUUGCCGCGCCUUGAAAGUAUCGAACAAAUGCUUGAAGAUAUUGAAGAUAUUGAAAAUCCGAAUGAGACUUAUGAGAAAGUCGGCGCUGCAACGCAAGAGCUGCAACAAAGCACAGCCGAUAUACAAAUGCAAAAUGUAUUGGAGCUGGCACACGCAGAAGAGGAGCUGUUGGCCAGUAAUAAUGAUCAGGAAUUCGAACAUAUGCUAGAGGAAUUUAGUAAGAUAGAAGUGAAUGCCGAACAUGUGAAAAUGAAGAAGUCGUUAGAGACAAUAAAGCGGCGGUUUAAUCGUGACACUGUUACCUUGUCCAAAGCACCGUCUUUGCAAAACGGUGGAGAGUGCGAAACUCAUACAGCCGAUUUACAUGAGAAAUCAGUAGAAACGAAUUUCGUGGAUUUGGGUGACCAAAGGCGUAAUGGCAGUUAUAUAAAGGCGGAUGUAAACGCGAGCUUAGAACUUAAGCGCUCGUUAUUGAACGAUUGCUCAGUGCCUUCUGGUUUGUCCGCGCUAUCACCUUCCUCGCCAUCGAUAUCCACAUCUUCCGCAGCUUCUCCGAUAACAGCCAGCAUUGGUAGUAAUGUCAGUACAACGGGCGAACGACUGCUUAGUCGACGCAGUCGUCUGUAUGACAACAUAAAUCUCUCAACAAUUUCUGCCAACAACACACAUUCGCCGUCACGCUCACUAGGUGCUUCAUUUACUGUGCAUAAACGCGAAGAUAAUGAACAACAAAAUUGCGCAGUUACCGCAGUUGCGGCGACAGAAGCGACAACGAAGAAUGAGACUGAAUAUAAAGAAGAACAUAAGGAAAAUAAUUUAGGAAAGACUGACGAAGCAACCGAUAGCACUAAUGUAGUAGCGGCGGCAAACAAUUAUAGCAAUGUAGGCACUUAUAAACUCUCAGAACGGCGGGAGCGUGAUCGUGAUCGUUUCAAGACGAUAAAAAUCGUUAAAGGACGCAGUGCGAAUGACGGCUUAGUAUCUGUGAAUGUGCCUUGCAUUGAUGAUGACGUGACUAUGGGAGAUGGGAGUGGGACUGCAGAAAAUUCCGCUGUCUUCAAUAAUAAUAAAUCAGAAACUGAAACUGAAAAGGAGGCACUGUCGACGACUGGCAAUCACAACACUGUUACGAGACCGUCUACGGUAUCAAAAAUCAACCCGAAUUUCCUAACAUAUAAAAAACCAAAAGAUAAGCCAACACUUGUCGGCAAUUUGCCGGAGAUAGAGUCUGAACUAUUGGCCAGCAAUGAGGAGCUUGAAAAGCCACCUGAACCGCCCAGCCGGCUGCGUUCACGUUCUCGCCCUCGUUACAUUUCGGGUUUGCAAAAGAUGACAGUAGUUAAGGCGACUUCGGCGGGCGAUUUGGACCGCGCUACAGCGCCUGGUGCACGUCCGCCUAAUGCUAGUGUCAGUCAUGCCGCUUUGGAUAAUUGCCAGGAUGCUGGUACUAUUGCUGCCGCGACCACUAAGUAUAAUCGGAACAAACAAAACCUAAAGACAUCAACUGAAGAAGUUAAAAGUCCCAUGGGCACCAAGUCAAAAUCCUUCCACAACUUAUCGAGCAAUUUUGGUUUUAAUGGGAGCGGAACACGCGCCAAUAAUAAUCUCGCUUUGAGGAAACCCACCGCCAAUGAAAGCAAUAAUGUUGCUGCGUAUGCUGCUAAAGAUCGCACUGGCAACAGCACGUCGAAUACUUCUUUGCAGCAGGCCAGCGAUAUGGUUUUUAAAGUACCCAAGUUAGUGUCCGGCAUACGUGCACCCGGUGUUAAACGUGCUGGACUGGUGCGACCCUCCUCCGGUUACUACAGUCUUAAUAGCCUCGCUGUCAAAGGUAUGCCACCGUUGCCGCAACCGCCACUAGCGAACGAAAUCGACUCUGAUGGCGGCAGACAUUCACCUACAGAUAGUAUGUCUUCAGCCUCGUCGCGUGGUAGCAUUCAAAGCGGCGGUGGUGGCUGCGGUGGUGGUGGUGGUGGCGGUGUUGUUAUCGGAAAACCUAUUGCAUCAAAGCCAACUUCCUCCGCAAAUGCAAAUACAUUAAACCUAACUAAGAUCACUACUGGUUCAACGGGUAUACCGAAGCCAUCUGGCCUGCGACUGCCAACAACGACGAUUAAGCGCAGCGGCUUGCCCAAACCAGCAACAGCCAUGGCGCGGCGAUAAACCGUACACUACAUUGCAAUGCAUCUACGUAUUAUAUAUUACUAAGCUACAUAUAUUUACACAUUUGUAAAUUAAGUAAGAGGAAGUUAAACAAGUUGGGAAUGUUACUGCGAAAUUAAUUAUAGGAACGGAAUGGAAAACCGAUGGCAUGCAUUUCUUUGUGCUCUCUAAGUUGCCACAACUUAUAAUAUUUUUUAUAUAUUAUUUUUUUAUCGAAAUCGAUUCUUAUACUUUAUGUAUUACUCAGAAGACACACACAAAACAAGUCAAAAAAAUCAAAAAAAGAAAAAAAGAAAACGAGCGAAAAACUGGUAUCGUAUACAUAUUUAUUAAAUUCUGAGAUACGUCAAAUUCGAAUAUUAGCAAUGCAUAUAAUGAAUUAUUUUCUUAAAAGAAAUUAUCAUCAAUUUCAAUUAUAUGUAUGUGCGUUAAUUAAGUUUAGAAAAAAAAAAAAAAAAAAAAAAAGGAAA